UUCCACUCCAAGACCUCUCUGCUCAGGACAGAUGGCUCCCAGCACGGUUUUCUUGGAGCCCGACAACCUGCUGACACCAAAGGAGAAAAACAAACUGAGGAAGCCGGUGGUGGAGAAAAUGCGCCGGGACCGGAUUAACAGCAGCAUUGAGCAGYUGAAAAUGCUGCUGGAGAAGGAGUUCCAGAGGCACCAGCCUAACUCCAAGCUGGAGAAAGCUGACAUCCUGGAGAUGACUGUCAGCUACCUGAAGCAGCAGAGCCAGCUGCAGAUGAAGACUGCAGGGUCCUUCCAUAAAAGCUCCCAAUUUGACUUCAGAGAGGGCUACUCCAGGUGUUUGCAAGAAGCUUUCCAUUUCCUCUCUCUCCACAAAGUCCGAACUGAAACUCAGACCAAACUUUUAAGCCACUUCCAGAAGAGCCAGUCAGCUGCUCCAGAGGUCUCCUUCUCCCCAGGGAACGCCGGUGCCCUGAAGCAAGUGUCUCCAAAGGACAGCACCCCUCUCUGGAGGCCCUGGUAGUCGGGGGAGUCCUCGCUGCAGCGACCUGUGACAGUCCAGAGGAAGGAUCUGACUGCAUCUGAUAGUCCAGCUCUGAUCCUCUCUCSUGUAGGGGAUUUUAUUUCCCCCUGUAUUUUAUUUAUGUAUGAGAGAAUGCCAUGCUUUUGACUUUUUUUUUGAGAUCCUGGGGCAAGAGUUGAGGCGUUCUGUUUAGUGUUGGAGCUGUGUAGGCACUGCUACAGUGCUGCCCAGGCAGGGGCAAYGUCUUCAGAAUGAAGGAGGGUGUUUGUAAAUGUUACAGUUGUGAUGGACAGGGAUUGCUGUAGGAGAUUUUCUCUAAUAUCCCCGGUAAGAGCCAUCAGCUUUGCUCCGGCUUGACUGGCGACUCUGGUUGGCUCAGUCACUCCGGAGGAUAAAUUUAUUCCCUUUGGUUCAUGCACACCUGGUUAAAAUAAUUUUCUCUCAGUUUGCUUGUCAGUUGUGCAGCAUUAAAAAACUGGUUUGGUUUUGGUUUGGAUUUCUCCCCCAUGGCCCUUUCGUAGCCCUGUAUAUACAGUGUGAGGGAUGAGCAGGAGCUAGGAAAUUAUGUGGAAUAUUUCUACUAUCUGAUGCUUUUUUCAAUUUAGAAAAAGAGUAUGUUAUUGCUUUAUGUUAAAGAAAAGUAGUAGGUAACAGGCUUGAUUUGUCAAUGUUAUACAUUCUGGGUGUAAGCUAUGCUUUUUUUAGCAUUUUCAUUAUAAUAAUGAUUUUUAUCUGUAUUGAGUGGUUGAAUUCCUGGUGGAUGGUGUUUCUCCCAGUGCUGGGACUGCCCUAUGGCUCAUCUGCAUACUGUGUAUGCGUCUC